GUACAAAAAAAAAUAUAUGUUAAAGCAAAAACUAUACAGUGGUACUGAAAAAAGCAGCUCUUCUUCCUGAACCACAAGAAUGGACAAGCUAGCUAUCCAAAAAAUCACCCCAACUUUUCUAUUUCUCUUCAUCUUCAUCAUCAAAACCCUCGUCACUGCUACCAAAUCCGACUACAAUCCCGAUCAUAACGGCGAAAUUUUCUCGAAAAACUUAUCCCGGAAAAAGCUUGGCCUUCAUAUGGCGGAGAAGCUGAGCCACCUCCAUUUCUACUUCCACGACGUCAUCGCCGGCCGAAACCCGACCGCCAUUCGAAUCGCAGAGGGAGAAACAACAAAAAAUUCGUCAACGUGGUUCGGCGCCGUGAUGAUGAUGGAUGAUCCAUUGACGGUUGGGCCAGAGCUGAGCUCGAAGAAGGUUGGAAGAGCUCAAGGCAUAUAUGGCUCGGCUUCGCAAUCUGAGGUCGGAUUUUUGAUGGUCUUGAACUAUGUUUUCACUGAAGGGAAGUAUAAUGGGAGCACUCUCAGUAUUUUGGGACGAAACGCUGCGCUUUCGGAGAUGAGAGAAAUGCCCAUCGUUGGAGGAAGUGGGCUCUUUAGGUUCGCCAGAGGCUAUGCUCAAGCCAAGACUCAUACGUUGAAUGUCGAGACUGGGGAAGCUGUUGUUGAGUACAAUGUUUAUGUUCUCCAUUAUUGAUCAUAACCACUGCAAGCUCUACUGCUCUCUAGCUCGUUCAAGUUGGGAUUUUUCACUAUUUUGCGUGCUAGAUUUAUAUUUUAUUUUGUUGUGGUUUAUUACUCUCUUCCUCUAAAUUAUAUUUAUGAAUUAUAUAUUGCAAGAAAAAAUGAUUAAAUUUGUGUCUCACUUGUUAUAUGUUUGUUAGCCUGCAAUUACAUACGCUAUUUGUUAGUUUUUA